AUGCUGGUUUGCGGCUUUUUCGUGUCCGCACUGCUCUGUGCAUUCGUCGUUGACGCCGCACCACCUCCUGAACUGGUCAAGCGACAGGCUAUCACAACUCUCACUGCCAGUCAGAUUUCAGCAUUCAACCCGUUCACUUUUUUUGCUAGCACGGCAUAUUGUAAUCCAUCCAACACGCUUGCCUGGGAUUGUGCGAUUUGCAACGCCAACGCGGACUUCGUGCCUGUAGAGUCGGGAGGCGACCGCUUUGACGUUCAGUUUUGGUAUGUUGGCUUCUCGCCUUCCCAAAAAACUGUCAUCGUGGCCCAUCAAGGAACUGACGCAACGAAAUGCAUGCUAUGCGUCAUCCUUGGAAAUCGAAUAUCGCUAAUGUCAUUUUUCUUUUCAUACAGCGAAACCGACGCGACGGAUGCAGAUGUAGUAUUAGAGCCUCUAGAUUCCACACUAUUCCCCGGAAUCAGCUCCUCCAUUGAAGUUCAUAGUGGAUUCGCCUUUGAACAAGCUAAGACGGCUACGACAAUUCUAGCCGCUGUUCGGAAGGCCAUUUCCGCCCACAGGGCGACCAAGGUCACCGUUGUCGGUCACUCCCUUGGUGCCGCCAUUGCCUUACUUGACAGCGUCUACCUUCCUCUUCACAUAAGCGGGGUAACCUUCAGGGCCGUUGUGCACGGGAUGCCCAGGGUCGGAAAUCAGGCGUUUGCAAACUAUGUUGACGCUCACCUUUCGCUGACACACAUCAAUAACAAAAAGGACCCUGUUCCCAUUGUACCAGGACGCUUUCUGGGCUAUCACCACCCUUCUGGGGAGGUGCACAUCACAGAAUCAGGAUCGUGGGUUUCGUGUCCAGGCCAGGACAAUCCCAGCACUGAAUGCAUCGUUGGCGACGUUCCGAACUUACUUCUAGCAAAUCCCAGUGACCACUACGGUCCAUAUGAUGGUGUCAUCAUGGGAUGCUAA